AUUACAUCAUAUAAUACUUUUUGUUUGUGGAAACGCCACGUAAAUUUAUUACUGCAAAGCUUUCGAUCCGUAAGCCCGGACCUUCAUCAGUGCUAAUACUAGAAUAAGUGACUUGUUCAAAUCCGUUUCCAAAUUGCGUAAAUUGUAAACAGAAAACAUAGUUAGAAAAUAUUUCGUUUAUCUUACAGAAAAAAUGGGAAUGGUGUUUACAGAAUCAGUGUUGGGAACAAUAAAUUUAUCGACGUAUAUUGUCAAAUGACGUCAAUCUCAGGAUGCAAAGGUGGUGGUUGGACAAUGGUGAUGAAGAUUAAUGGAAGUUUGGUAAGCCUCCGUGCAAUGACAGUAGGUAAGUUAGAAUUAGCCCAUGCAUUGUAUCAUAAUAAAUGCAUGAUAUAAUUUGGACAUAUAACUUAAUUAAUCCGAUGUCGGAGUAGCCUGCGUAGCAGGCGGUUGUCAGGGGUUUCCCGCGCCUUGUCUCCCUAAUUUUCGCUGCCCGCGCCUCAACCCCAACUCUUUAAAACCGCCAGCUAACGCAGGCUAAUGGCGGAGGUAUUCAGGCUCAGAGUGUCCUCUAGUUUCUUAACGUAUUUGUUUUUAUAGAGUACUUUUAACUACAGCUCCUCCUAUUGGACGAACAAAAACUAUUACAAUGACAAUGCCUAUGGGCGAAACGGCGGUUUAGACAACCGAGAAUAUAAAGGAUCGUCUUAUUGGAGAACCUCAUUUAAGGAAAUUUGUGUUGGUAUGAAAUAUGGUGGUAAUUUCAGAGCAUUCUCCUUCUCGUAUCCGGCAUCAUCGCUGUACGAUUUGAUCGCAGACGAAAACUAUCGACAAACUCGUGUUGGUCGCGCGCAGUGGAAAUCGUUGAUCGAUGGAUCAUCCUUACAGCGUAACUGCAAUAGAGAAGGAUUUAACGUGUACUUUAAUAGCGUGUUCACAAGAGUUCGCUUGGGUCUUAUGGCAAACAAUGAAAAUAAUUGUAAAUCACCCGACUCUUUCAUAGGCCUGGGAGCUGAUAGUCACGUGUGUACUUACAAUCCUUCUCGCAACGCCGCGGGUAAUCUUGGCCAGUGUAGUCCAGACAACGGAAACAAGAAUACUAAAGUCAUGGGAUACAUAUUGGUUCGCUAA